GAGAGGCACAGGACCCACAGUGCCCUUCAGAAACCUUCACCAACAUUGUCUUGCCUUAUGUAUUGGGCAUAUAGGCACCAGGAGUUACAGAACUGAGAGACAAACAUUUUCCCAUUUCUCUCAAGGUUUUGCUUUUAAUGCCUUGGGAGGAUGGCAGAAGGUGCAGAUGGAGAGGAAGAGAUUCAGUUCCUGCGAACAGAUGAUCAGGUGGUGCUACAAUGCACUGCCUCCAUUCUUAAGGAACAGAUCAAGCUGUGUCUGUCAUGUGAAGGAUUUGGGAAUCGUCUGUGUUUCCUUGAGACCACCUCGAACGCUCAGAAUGUCCCUCCAGACCUUGCUAUCUGCUGCUUCAUUUUGGAGCAGUCCCUGUCUGUGCGGGCAUUACAGGAGAUGCUGUCCAACUCUUCUGUGGAUGAGGCUGUCGACUUGGACAAAUGGUCGUCACAAGGCGGGGGUCACCGAACCCUGCUGUAUGGACAUGCCAUCCUCCUGAAACACACUCACUCCAGCAUGUACUUGAGCUGUUUGACUACUUCACGCUCACUGACAGACAAAUUGGCUUUUGAUGUGGGCUUGCAGGAAGACUCCACAGGAGAGGCCUGCUGGUGGACCAUCCAUCCAGCCUCCAAGCAAAGGUCUGAAGGCGAGAAGGUCAGGGUGGGAGAUGACCUCAUUCUUGUCAGUGUUUCUUCAGAGCGAUACCUGCAUCUGUCCUACGCCAGUGGUGACUUGAUGGUAGAUGCCUCCUUCAUGCAAACACUGUGGACCAUGACCCCUGUGAUGUCUGGAUGUGAGCUAGCUGAAGGUUUUCUGACCGGAGGGUAUGUGCUCAGGCUGUUCCAUGGUCACAUGGACGAGUGUUUGGCAAUCCCAGGAGCUGACCAAGGGGACGACCAGCGCAGAGUUGCUCAUUAUGAAGGAGGGGCUGUAUGCAGUCAUGCUCGAUCCUUAUGGAGACUUGAACCACUACGUAUCGUUUGGAGCGGAGGUCACAUUAAAUGGGGCCAGUCUUUCCGGAUACGUCACAUAACAACAGGCAGAUACCUUUGUCUGGAUGAAGAGAAAGGACUGCUGUUGGUGGACCCUGAGAAGGCAAAUUCCAAGAUGUCAGCCUUCUGCUUCAGAAUUUCAAAGGAAAAAAUUGAAGUGACCCAGAAGCGAGAUGUGGAAGGCAUGGGCACACCUGAGAUUAAGUAUGGAGAGUCUAUGUGCUUUGUACAGCAUGUUUCAUCUGGCCUCUGGCUUACAUAUGCUGCUGUUGAUGCCAAAUCUGCCCGUCUGGGUCCUCUAAAGAGAAAGGCCAUACUCCAUAAAGAAGGUCACAUGGAUGAUGCACUCACAGUGGCUCGAUCUCAGACUGAAGAGUCCCAAGCUGCCAGAAUGAUUCACAGCACAACAGGCCUCUUCAACCAGUUCAUCAAAGGUCUAGAUGCUCUGAGUGGGAAAAACAAAUCUGCCAACCCCCCAUCUCUGCCUAUGGAUGCAGUGGUGCUGUCCCUGCAGGACCUCAUUUUCUACUUCCGACCCCCCGAAGAGGAGCUGGAGCAUGAGGACAAACAGUUCAAGCUUCGCUCCCUCAAGAACAGACAGAACCUCUUCCAGGAAGAGGGAAUGAUUACUCAUGUCCUGGACUGUGUUGAUCGGCUCAAUGUCUACAACACAGCAGCCCACUUCUCAGAAUAUGCUGGGGAAGAAGCUGCAGAGUCAUGGAAGGAGAUAGUAAAUUUACUGUAUGAAUUGCUAGCUUCUUUGAUCAGAGGUAAUCGUGCUAACUGUGCCCUGUUCUGUGAUAAUCUUGACUGGCUGGUCAGUAAAUUGGAUCGUUUGGAGGCAUCUUCAGGAAUCCUGGAGGUGUUGUAUUGUGUUCUGAUUGAGAGUCCAGAGGUGCUGAAUAUUAUCCAGGAGAAUCACAUCAAAUCAAUCAUCUCUCUGCUAGAUAAGCAUGGACGCAAUCAUAAGGUCUUGGAUGUGCUCUGUUCUCUCUGUGUGUGUAACGGGGUGGCUGUCAGGUCAAAUCAGAAUCUCAUCACAGAGAAUCUGCUUCCAGGUCGUGACCUCCUACUUCAAACCAACAUUAUCAAUUAUGUAACCAGCAUGAGACCCAACAUUUUCCUUGGAACUUGUGAAGGAUCCACUCAGUAUAAGAAGUGGUAUUUUGAGGUGAUGGUGGACCACGUGGAGCCAUUCCUUACAGCUCAGCCAUAUCACCUGCGUGUGGGUUGGGCUCUGACGGAGGGCUACAGUCCUUACCCUGGUGGAGGGGAAGGCUGGGGGGGCAACGGGGUCGGGGAUGACCUCUAUUCCUACGGUUUUGACGGACUUCACCUCUGGUCAGGACGUGUUCCGCGUCAUGUUGCCACACCCAAUCAGCACAUCCUGGCAGCAGACGAUGUAGUCAGCUGCUGUUUGGAUCUGAGCGUGCCCAGUAUUUCCUUCCGUAUCAAUGGGCAUCCUGUUCAGGGCAUGUUUGAGAACUUCAACCUGGAUGGCCUGUUCUUCCCUGUUGUCAGCUUCUCUGCAGGCGUUACGUUGCGAUUUCUUCUCGGAGGGCGUCAUGGGGAUUUCAAGUUCCUCCCACCUCCAGGCUAUGCUCCAUGCUAUGAAGCAGUGCUGCCCAGGGACCGUUUGCGGAUUGAGCCCAUCAAGGAGUAUAAGCAUGAUUUUGAUGGCAUCCGCAACCUGUUGGGUCCAACUCAGUCCCUCUCACAUACAGCCUUCACUCCUUGCCCUGUGGACACUAUACAGAUUGUACUUCCUCCUCAUUUGGAGCGCAUUCGAGAGAAGCUUGCAGAAAAUAGCCAUGAGUUAUGGGCUGUUACACGCAUUGAACAAGGGUGGACCUAUGGACCAUUUCGUGAUGACAACAAGAAGCUGCACCCCUGCCUAGUAGACUUUCAGAGUCUACCUGAACCAGAGAAGAACUACAAUUUAGCAAUGUCAGGAGAGACACUCAAGACUCUGCUGGCACUAGGCUGUCAUGUAGGAAUGGGAGAUGAGAAAGCAGAGGAGAAUCUGAAAAAGACCAAGCUCCCCAAAACUUACAUGCAGAGUAGCGGAUAUAAGCCAGCCCCUCUGGACCUCAACCACGUCAAGCUGACUCCUAAUCAGAACACUCUAGUGGAGAGACUGGCAGAAAACGGACACAAUGUGUGGGCAAGAGACCGGGUUCGCCAGGGCUGGACAUACAGUAUUGUGCAGGAUAUAAUGAACAAGCGCAAUCCCCGUCUGGUUCCUUACAACCUACUGGAUGAAAAGACUAAAAAGACCAACAGAGACACAGUUUGCGCAGCUGUACGCACUCUCAUCGGAUAUGGUUACAACAUAGAACCACCAGACCAGGAGUGCAGCGGGGAUGGACCAGGCAGCUCCCGUGGAGAUAAGAUCAGAGUGUUCAGGGCAGAGAAAUCGUAUGCUGUCACACAGGGAAAGUGGUACUUUGAGUUUGAGGCUGUGACAGUUGGGGAGAUGAGAGUGGGCUGGGCCAGGCCCAGUGUUCGCGCAGACACUGAACUUGGUGCAGAUGAGUUGGCAUAUGUCUUCAAUGGCUUCAAGGCCCAACGUUGGCAUGUGGGAAAUGAGCCAUUUGGUCGUCAGUGGCAGUCUGGUGAUGUGGUGGGUUGUAUGAUUGACCUCACAGAGAUGAACAUCAUGUUUACACUCAAUGGAGAAAUGUUGAUCAGUGACUCAGGCUCAGAGAUGGCCUUUAAGGAUAUCGAGAUAGGAGAGGGCUUCAUACCUGUGUGCAGUCUGGGCCUGUCCCAGGUCGGCAGAAUCAACUUGGGUCAGAACGUCAGCAGUCUUCGUUACUUUACUAUCUGUGGCCUGCAGGAGGGAUUUGAACCCUUUGCUAUCAACAUGAAAAGAGAUAUUACCAUGUGGUUCAGCAAGAGCCUUCCCCAGUUCAUCACUGCGCCUACUGAUCAUCCUCACAUUGAGGUGUCCCGUGUUGAUGGGACAGUGGAAAGUGCCCCUUGUCUAAAAGUGACCCACAAGACAUUCGGAUCUCAGAACGCCAACACAGAUCUGCUAUUCUUCAGACUUAGCAUGCCAGUUGAGUUUCAUGAGACCUUCAAAGUCCCAGCGGGGACCACCCUUCUUACUCGUACCAUGACCAUCCCUGAGGAUGAGGUGGUAGAGGUGGACCCAGACUCUGACUUUGAAAUACUCAAGAAGUCAGCUACUCGCAAAGAGCAGGAGGAGGACAAGAAAGAACCCUCUGUGCCUAAAGAGAUCCCUGCCAUUAAAAAUGGAGAGAAUGAGAAGGAUGCCUCAACUGAGAAAAGCAAGAAGAAAGGAUUCCUUUUCAAGGCUAAGAAGGCUGCAUUAAUAACUCCACCCCCAGUUGUUCCCACCAUGCCCCGCUUAGUUGAAGAUGUGGUGCCAGAUGACAGGGAUGACGUCGACAUCAUCCUCAAUACCACUACAUAUUAUUAUUCUGUGCGAGUCUUUGCGGGGCAGGAGCCCGGUGGUGUGUGGGUGGGCUGGAUCACACCUGACUAUCACCAGUAUGACCCCCAUUUUGACAUCAGCAAAGUGAGAAAUGUAACAGUCACUGUAGGUGAUGAUAAAGGCAAUAUUCAUGACAGUAUAAAGCGCAGUAACUGCUACAUGGUAUGGGGAGGGGAGUUCAGCAGCUCCCAGCAGACCCGAGUCAGUCAAGAGGAUUUUGUGAUUGGCUGUCUUAUUGAUUUGGACACAGGGCUCAUGACUUUCACUGCUAAUGGAAAAGAGAUCAAUACAUUUUACCAGGUGGAGCCCAACACAAAACUGUUCCCAGCUGUCUACGUCCUUCCUUCCAGUCAAAAUAUGAUUCAGUUCGAACUAGGCAAGCUCAAGAACAUUAUGCCCAUCUCAGCCGCCAUGUUCCGGAGUGAACGCAAGAACCCUGUCCCCCAGUGCCCCCCUAGACUGGAUGUCCAGAUGUUAACCCCAGUCAUCUGGAGCCGCAUGCCCAACCAUUUCUUGGCUCCAGAGACGGGCCGUGUUAGUGAGCGACUGGGCUGGAUAGUGCAGUGUCAGGAACCACUCACCAUGAUGGCCCUCCACAUCCCAGAGGAGAACAGGUGCAUUGACAUCCUGGAGCUGUCCGAACGUAUGGACUUGCUGAAGUUCCACUAUCAUACUCUGAAGCUGUAUGGCUCAGUCUGUGCUUUGGGAAACAACCGUGUGGCUCAUGCUUUGUGCAGCCAUGUGGAUGAAUCCCAGCUCUUCUACGCCAUAGAGAACACCUACCUACCUGGACCAAUGAGGAGCGGCUUCUAUGACCUGCUCAUCAGCAUGCACCUGGAGUCUGCCAAAAGGAACCGGCUGGGAACCAAUAAGGAAUUCAUAGUUCCAAUGACAGAUGAAACACGCAGUAUCACUCUGUACUCUGACAAAUCUCAUGCUUUGCCCGGGGUUGGCCUUACUACAUGUCUGCGUCCCAAACUCCAUUUCUCCUCUAUUGGGUUUGUGGGAACAGAUCAAGACAUCUACACAUUGAGUCCAGUCAUCCCCUUACAGGUGCUAAAGACCAAGGCCCUGAACAUGCUGAUUGAGGCUGUGCAAGAUGGAGGUCAAGCCAUGAGAGAUCCUGUGGGAGGCAGUGUUGAGUUUCAUUUUGUUCCAAUCCUCAAGCUCAUCAGUACCCUCCUCAUCAUGGGUGUGUUUGAUGAUGAAGAUGUCACACACAUCCUGAAGAUGAUUGAGCCCACAGUCUUCAGUGGGAAGAAAGCAGAGGAGCCUGCUGAGGAGAAUACCAAGUUGAAAGAAGAGAAGGAACAAAAAGCAGGAGCGGUGAAGGAAGAAGAGCAGGAAGCUGUGGGGGAAGAAGAAGAGGAAUAUGAGGAUGAUGGCUUGGGUGAAGAGGAGGAGGAAGAAAUGGAGGAAGAGGAAGAAUUAGAGAACACAGAGUCCAUUAUGCCUUAUGAAGAAACUGUGGAUGAGACAGAGCAAGUAAAUGGCGAGAAAGGAGCUGAGGAAACAGAGAAAGAGAAACCUGUAGAGACAGGUGGGGAGUGUAAAGAAGAACACCUAGAGCAAGGACUUUUCCAGAUGAAGCUUCCAGAGUCUGUCAAAUUGCAGAUGUGCACUCUACUGCAGUACUUCUGUGACUGCGAGCUACGUCACAGAGUGGAGGCCAUCACUGCCUUUUCAGACCAGUUUGUCAGCCAGAUACAGUCCAACCAGAGGCAGCGCUACAAUGAGCUAAUGCUGGCCUUCACCAUGAGUGCAGCCGAGACCGCCCGCAAGACCCGUGAAUUUCGCUCCCCACCACAGGAGCAGGUCAACAUGCUCAUGAACUUCAAGAACUGCACUGAGGAUGAAGAGUGUCCUGUUCCUGAUGAGGUCCGCGAGUCUAUGCUGACUUUUCACAAUGCUCUGCUGGCACACUGUGGUGUUCAUAUUGAAGAAGAAGAACAAGAGGAAGAAGUGGAUAAUUCUGUCCGUGGACGACUACUUCGUUUGUUGGAAAAGGUGAAACAUUUCCGCGAGAAGAAGGUAGAGGUGGAGCCUGAGCCACAGGAAGAUAAAAAACCAAGCACAUUGCAGGAGCUGAUUUCCCAUACAAUGAUCCAUUGGGCCCAGGAAUCAUUUAUCCAGAACCCUGAGCUAGUGCGUAUGAUGUUCAGCCUCCUCCACAGGCAGUAUGAUGGGCUGGGUGAGCUCAUGCGUGCCCUUCCCAAGGCCUACACCAUCAACGCUGUGUCAAUUAACGACACCAUGGACCUGCUGGAGUGCUUGGGCCAGAUCCGCUCACUGCUAAUUGUCCAGAUGGGUCCAGAAGAGGAGAGGCUUAUGAUUCAAAGCAUCGGGAACAUCAUGAGUAACAAAGUUUUCUAUCAGCACCCCAACUUGAUGCGCGCUCUGGGCAUGCAUGAAACUGUCAUGGAGGUCAUGGUUAAUGUACUGGGCGGUGGGGACUCAAAGGAGAUCAGAUUCCCUCGAGUGGUGACAAACUGUUGCCGUUUUCUCUGCUAUUUCUGUCGCAUCAGUCGUCAAAAUCAGCGUUCUAUGUUUGACCACCUCAGCUACCUUCUCCAGAACAGUGGCAUCGGCCUUGGAAUGCGGGGCUCCACCCCCUUGGACGUGGCUGCAGCCUCUUGUAUCGACAACAACGAGCUGGCAUUGGCUCUCCAAGAGCAGGACCUAGAAAUGGUGGUGAAGUAUUUAGCUGGAUGUGGACUUCAGAGCUGUCCAAUGCUACUGGCUAAAGGCUACCCUGACAUUGGCUGGAAUCCUUGUGGUGGAGAGAAAUACCUUGACUUUCUUCGUUUUGCCGUUUUUGUCAAUGGAGAGAGCGUAGAGGAGAAUGCCAAUGUGGUGGUACGUCUCCUCAUCCGCAGGCCUGAGUGCUUUGGUCCAGCCCUGAGAGGGGAGGGUGGUAAUGGUCUGCUGGCUGCUAUAGAGGAGGCCAUCAAAAUAUCAGAGGACCCUGCAAGGGAUGGCCCUAGUGUUAAGAAAGACAGACGUUUUCCCAUGUUUGGAGGAGAGGAGCAGCAUGAGGAGAACAGGGUACACCUGGGAAAUGCCAUCAUGUCCUUCUACUCUGCCCUUAUUGACUUGCUGGGACGCUGUGCUCCAGAGAUGCACUUGAUCCAGGCUGGUAAGGGUGAGGCUCUGAGGAUCAGGGCCAUCCUGAGAUCUCUGGUCCCUAUUGAGGAUCUGGUGGGAGUCAUCAGCCUUCCUGUUCAGAUUCCUUCUUUUGGAAAAGACAACAGCAUCAUAGAACCAAAGAUGUCAGCUAGUUUUGUGCCAGAUCACAAGGCUCCCAUGGUUCUGUUCCUGGACAGAGUGUAUGGUAUUGACAACCAGGAUUUCCUGCUCCAUGUGCUGGAGGUGGGCUUUCUGCCUGACAUGAGGGCGGCUGCCUCUCUGGACACGGUUGCUUUCAGUACCACAGAGAUGGCCCUCGCCUUGAACCGCUACCUGUGUUCUGCUGUGUUGCCACUCAUCACCAAGUGUGCCCCACUCUUUGCUGGCAGUGACCAUAGAGCCAUAAUGAUUGACUCCAUGUUGCACACAAUCUACCGGCUGUCUCGUGGACGAGCCUUCACAAAGGCCCAGAGAGACAUCAUUGAAGAGUGCCUCAUGGCUUUGUGCAAACAUCUACGUCCAUCCAUGCUUCAGCACCUGCUAAGACGGCUGGUGUUUGAUGUUCCCAUUCUCAAUGAGUAUGCCAAAAUGCCACUAAAGCUAUUGACCAAUCACUAUGAGCGGUGUUGGAAAUAUUAUUGCCUCCCUAAUGGUUGGGCCAAUUUUGGAGUCGCAUCAGAAGAGGAGCUGCAUCUGACCCGCAAACUGUUUUGGGGGAUCUUUGAAUCGCUAGCACACAAGAAGUUUGAUGCUGAGAUUUUCAAAAUUUCAAUGCCAUGCAUCUGUGCCAUCGCUGGAGCCAUUCCUCCCGACUAUGUAGAUGCCAGCUACUCCUCCAAAACAGAGAAAAAGGCAUCAGUAGAUGCAGAGGGAAACUUUGAUCCUAAACCGGUAGAGACCACAAACACUAUCAUCCCUGAGAGACUGGAUCCCUUUAUCAACAAAUAUGCUGAAUAUACACAUGAUAAAUGGGCCUUUGAAAAGAUCCAGAAUAACUGGUCGUAUGGUGAGGUGCUGGAUGAAAAUGCAAAAACUCAUCCCAUGCUCAGACCAUACAAAACCUUCUCAGAGAAGGACAAAGAGAUCUACCGUUGGCCAAUCAAAGAGUCAGUCAAAGCCAUGCUUGCAUGGGAGUGGAACAUGGAUAAAGCUAGAGAGGAAGAAGAGUCAGAGAAGAAGAAGGCAGCAUCACGAAAAAUCUCACAGACUGCUCAGGCAACCUAUGACCCAAGCCAUGGCUACAGUCCACAGCCCAUUGAUAUCUCACACAUGGCUCUUUCAAGAGACCUGCAGUCUAUGGCAGAGCAACUGGCGGAAAAUUACCAUAACACCUGGGGACGGAAGAAAAAGUUGGAGCUGCAGUCCAAAGGAGGUGGAACACAUCCUCUGCUGGUGCCCUAUGAUACUCUGACAGCAAAAGAAAAGGCACGAGAUAGAGAGAAGGCUCAUGAGCUGCUCAAGUUUCUGCAGCUUAAUGGAUAUGCUGUCACAAGGGGCAUGAAAGAUAUGGAGUCUGACAUCUCAUCCAUCGAGAAGAGAUUUGCUUAUGGUUUCCUGCAGAAGCUGUUGAAAUGGAUGGAAAUUGCCCAGGAGUUCAUCGCUCAUCUCGAGGCUGUGGUAAGCAGUGGACGAGUGGAAAAGUCUCCUCAUGAGCAGGAAAUCAAAUUCUUUGCCAAGAUCUUGAUGCCUCUAAUCAACCAGUAUUUCAAAAAUCACUGCCUCUACUUCUUGUCGACACCUGCAAAAGUUCUGGGUAGUGGUGGACAUUCUUCCAAUAAGGAGAAGGAGAUGAUUGCAAGUAUCUUCUGUAAAAUGUCCGCUCUGGUGAGACACAGAGUUUCUCUCUUUGGAACGGAUGCUUCAGCAAUUGUUAACUGUCUUCACAUUCUGGCACGGUCACUGGAUGCAAGGACAGUAAUGAAGUCGGGACCUGAGAUUGUGAAAGCAGGGCUGCGGUCUUUCUUUGAAAGUGCUGCUGAUGAUAUAGAGAAGAUGGUAGAGAACCUCAAACUGGGCAAAGUAUCCAAAGGCAAUCAGCAAGUGAAAGGCGUGUCCCAGAACAUUAACUACACAACCAUUGCUCUGCUCCCUGUGCUUACCUCCCUGUUUGAUCACAUCGCUCAGCACCAGUUUGGAGAUGAUGUCAUUUUGGAUGAUCUACAGAUGUCAUGCUAUCGCAUCAUGUGUAGCAUCUACUCCCUAGGGACUGUCAAGAAUCCACAUGUUGAGAGGCAGAGGCCAGCUCUUGGAGAAUGUUUGGCUCACCUUGCAGCAGCCAUGCCAGUGGCCUACUUAGAGCCCCAUCUAAAUGAAUUCAACGCUUUCUCUGUCUACACCACAAAGACACCCAGGGAGAGAGCCAUCUUGGGCCUUCCCAAUGAAGUCCAGGAAUUAUGUCCAGACAUUCCAGAGCUGGAUGCUCUGCUAAAGGAGAUUGGGGACUUGGCAGAGUCAGGGGCUCGUUAUACUGAGAUGCCUCAUGUGAUUGAAAUCACUUUGCCCAUGCUGUGUAACUACCUGCCUCGCUGGUGGGAGAGAGGACUUGAGAACUUCCCUGAGAUGGAGGGCCGGAUCUGCACUGAUGUCACAUCAGAACACCUCAAUCAGCUGCUGGGCAGCAUCAUGAAAAUUGUAGUCAACAACUUGGGUAUUGAUGAGGCCUCUUGGAUGAAGAGGUUGGCUGUGUUUUCACAGCCCAUUGUCAGCAGGGCAAAGCCAGAAAUGCUCAAGUCCCACUUCAUCCCAACAAUGGACAAGCUGAAGAAACGCACUUCGAAGGUGGUGGCUGAAGAGGACCAUUUGCGGAUGGAGGGCAAAUCAGAAGGAGAUGAGGAAGAUGGCACUAUACGUGAUGAGUUUGCUGUCCUCUGCAGAGACUUGUAUGCCCUCUACCCUCUACUUAUUCGCUAUGUGGACAACAACAGGGCAAGGUGGCUGACAUGCCCAGACCCAGAUGCAGAAGAGCUCUUCCGAAUGGUUGGAGAGGUCUUUAUUUUCUGGUCCAAAUCUCAUAACUUCAAGCGAGAGGAACAGAACUUUGUGGUGAUGAAUGAAAUCAAUAACAUGUCAUUCCUCACUGCUGACAGCAAAAGCAAAAUGAGCAAGGGCGGGGACUCAGAGGGUGGAGGCUCAGAUACCGAACGUACCAAGAAGAAGAGACGGGGAGAUCGUUACUCUGUGCAGACGUCACUUAUUGUGGCUGCCUUGAAAAAGAUGCUCCCCAUAGGCCUCAACAUGUGCUCCCCUGCCGAUCAGGAGCUUAUCAACUUGGCCAAGAUCCGAUACUCUUUGAGAGACACUGAUGAAGAAGUAAGAGAGUUUCUGCAAAACAACCUUCAUCUUCAGGGCAAGGUGGACAACCCAUCCAUGCGCUGGCAGAUGACCCUGUACAAAGAGAUGGCAGGGAAGGCAGAAGAUGCUGACGCUCCACUGAAAGUGGUCAAGAGAGUGCAGGAGGUUUCUGCUGUCCUCUACCACCUUGAAGUGACGGAGCACCCGUUUAAAUCCAAGAAGAUGGUGUGGCACAAACUGUUGUCCAAGCAGAGACGCAGGGCUGUGGUUGCUUGCUUUAGGAUGACACCACUAUACAACAUUCCAAGGCACAGAGCUUCAAACAUGUUCCUUGAGGGAUACAAACGCAACUGGCUUCACACUGAGGGUUACUCAUUUGAAGACAGGAUGAUAGACGACUUAUCUAAAGCAAUGGAGCAAGAGGAAGGAGAUGAAGAGGAGGAAAAAGAAACAAAGCCGGAUCCACUCCACCAGCUUAUUCUGCAUUUCAGUCGUACUGCUCUAACAGAAAAGAGUAAACUUGAUACAGAUCAUCUUUAUAUGGCAUAUGCCGACAUUAUGGCAAAGAGUUGUCAUAUUGGUGAGGAAGAAGAAGGGGGAGAGGAAAUGUUGGAAAAUGCUGAGGAUGAGAUGUCCUUUGAGGUGCGACAGUCAGAACUGGAAAAAGAAAUGGAGAAACAAAGGCUCCUGUACCAGCAGUCCAGACUUCAUAAUCGUGGUGCUGCAGAGAUGGUCCUGCAAAUGAUCAGUGCCUGCAAAGGUGAGACUGGCCCAAUGGUGACUACAACCCUCAAGCUGGGUAUAUCUAUCCUUAACGGCGGAAACAGUGAGGUUCAACGGAAAAUGUUGGAGUACUUGAAGGAUAAGAAGGAUGUAGGCUUCUUUUUGAGUGUCCAGGCAUUGAUGCAGACAUGCUGUGUCCUGGAUCUAAAUGCCUUUGAGAGGCAGAACAAGGCAGAGGGGCUGGGCAUGGUUUCAGAGGAGGGCACUAACUUGAACCUAGAUCGGGACGAGAAAGUGAUGUCUGAUGAUGAGUUCACCUGCGACCUCUUCCGUUUCUUGCAGCUGCUUUGUGAGGGUCACAAUAAUGAUUUUCAGAACUACUUGCGGACACAGACAGGCAGCACAACUACCAUCAACAUCAUCAUCUGUACCGUAGAUUACCUCCUCCGACUCCAGGAGUCUAUCAGUGAUUUCUACUGGUAUUACUCUGGCAAGGACGUCAUUGAUGACCCAGGCAAAAAGAAUUUCUCCAAAGCUAUGACAGUGGCAAAACAGAUUUUCAACAGUCUAACUGAAUAUAUUCAGGGCCCAUGCACAGGCAACCAGCAGUCCCUGGCCCACAGCAGGCUGUGGGAUGCUAUUGUCGGAUUUCUUCAUGUCUUUGCCCACAUGAUGAUGAAGCUGGCACAGGGUAAAGACUCAAGCCAGAUCGGUCUGCUGAAGGAGCUUCUUGACCUGCAGAAAGACAUGGUUGUUAUGUUGCUCUCGCUAUUAGAGGGAAACGUGGUAAAUGGUACAAUUGCCCGCCAGAUGGUAGACAUGUUGGUAGAGUCCUCCAGCAACGUGGAGAUGAUCCUGAAGUUCUUUGACAUGUUCCUCAAACUGAAAGACAUUGUGGCUUCGGAUGCUUUCCGUGAUUACGUCACAGACCCCCGAGGGCUGAUUUCCAAGAAGGACUUCCAGAAGGCCAUGGACAGUCAGAAACAGUAUUCCCCUUCUGAGAUCCAGUUUCUUUUGUCCUGCUCAGAAGCAGAUGAGAAUGACAUGAUCCACUAUGAGGAGUUUGCCAAUCGCUUCCAGGAACCUGCCAAGGACAUCGGGUUCAACAUCGCAGUGCUACUCACCAACCUGUCUGAGCACGUCCCCCAUGACACCAGGCUACAGAACUUCCUAGAACAAGCAGAGAGUGUACUGAACUACUUCCGCCCCUUCCUGGGCCGUAUUGAAAUAAUGGGCGCCAGCAGAAAGAUUGAGCGCAUCUACUUUGAAAUCAGUGAAGUAAACCGCAAACAGUGGGAGAUGCCCCAGGUCAGAGAGUCCAAACGACAGUUUAUCUUUGAUGUUGUCAAUGAGGGUGGUGAAUCAGAGAAGAUGGAAAUGUUUGUCAACUUCUGUGAGGACACCAUCUUUGAGAUGAAUAUAGCCUCACAAAUUUCAGAGCAGGAGGAAGAGGAAAAGGGGGAAGAAGAUGACGAAGGAGAUGAAGUUGGAGGUGAGGGAGGACCAGGAGGGGGGGCAAGUGGAGGAGGUGAUGAGGAUAGUAAUGGAGAGGAAGGGCAGCCUGAAUCAAGCUCUGCCUUUGCAGACUUCAUAAACAGCAUGUUAUGCUUCCUCAGCAUUUUCACCUUCCGUAAUCUUCGCAGACAGUAUCGCAGAGUGAGAAAGAUGAGCAUCAAGGAGAUUGUAGUGGCUUUGUCCACUUUUUUCUGGACCAUCCUAAUGAGUAUACUACACUUCAUUUACAAUGUGUGCAAAGGCUUCUUUAUGAUCAUCUGGCAAACACUGUUUGGAGGUGGCUUAGUGGAGGGAGCUAAAAAUAUCACUGUGACUGAGAUUCUAGCAAGCAUGCCAGACCCCACGCAGGAUGAUGUGCAUGGAGAUGGACCAGGGGAGCCAAGGACAGGGGAAGAACAAGACACUGGAGGUGUAAUGGACACUGGAGAGACUGGGAGUGGAGAGGAGGAAGAAGAGGAUACCCAGGAAAAAGAGGGUGGGAGGAUACCAGGUAUUGAUGCUCCAGGUGGACUUGGAGACAUGGGUGUAGAGUCACCUGUUGAACCUCCAACUCCUGAAGGAACUCCCAUAACAAAGAGGAAAAUGCCACCAGAAGAGACUGAUGCAAGCCAGAAACCACCUGAACCUGUUCCUGUAGAGGAACCUCCUCCAGAGCCUGAAAAGGCUGAUGUUGAAAUUGGAGAGAAAGCAGAGAAAGAAUCCCAGAGCAAGGAGGAAGAAAAGCCAGAAGAACCAAAGAAAUCUGCGAAAAAAAAAGAAAAGAAGCCAAAAAGGGAAGGAGGUUUUCAAAUCUGGACUGAGCUGGAAACCCAAAGAAAUAAAUUUAUGAACUACCUCUCCAGAAACUUCUACAACCUGCGUUUUCUGGCUCUGUUCCUCGCAUUUGCCCUGAACUUCAUUCUGCUGUUCUAUAAGGUGUCUGACACCCCGCCUGAGGGAGAGGACAUGGAAGGAUCUAGACUGUCGGAGGGAAGCGGGCUGUUCGAAGGCUCUGGGUUGUUUGAAGGCUCAGGGGAAGAGGCUGAGGGAUCUGGAAUGAAUGAAGGAGGAGAUGAGGACGAGGAAGACGUCCCAAUGUAUUUCUAUUUAGAGGAGAGCACUGGCUACAUGCAGCCCACAUUGGCCUUCCUUGCCGCCUUGCACACAGUCAUCUCAUUCAUCUGUAUCAUUGGCUACAACUGCCUCAAGAUUCCACUGGUGAUCUUUAAAAGGGAGAAAGAACUUGCAAGAAAGCUGGAGUUUGACGGCCUCUACAUCACUGAGCAGCCUGAGGAUGAUGACAUUAAGGGCCAGUGGGACCGACUCGUUCUGAAUACACCCUCCUUCCCAAACAACUAUUGGGAUAAAUUUGUCAAACGAAAGGUUCUGGAUAAGUACGGAGACAUUUAUGGCAGAGAAAGAAUCGCUGAACUCCUGGGUGUUGAUUUAGCCUCCCUGGAUGUGAGUCAACAACAUGAGAAGAAACAGGAGGGACCAGACAACUCUGUGUUUGCAUGGAUGACCCCCAUUGACAUCAAGUACCAGAUCUGGAAAUUUGGCGUUGUGUUCACAGACGGUACUUUCCUAUAUCUCUGUUGGUACACGAUAAUGUCUUUGCUCGGCCAUUACAACAACUUCUUCUUCGCCUGCCACUUGCUGGAUAUUGCCAUGGGUGUCAAGACUCUGCGCACUAUCCUGUCCUCAGUCACACACAAUGGCAAACAGCUCAUGAUGACAGUGGGCUUGUUGGCUGUGGUGGUGUACCUUUACACUGUAGUUGCCUUCAAUUUCUUCCGCAAGUUUUACAACAAGAGUGAGGAUGAAGAUGAACCAGAUAUGAAAUGUGACGACAUGAUGACUUGUUACCUGUUCCACAUGUACGUGGGUGUGCGUGCUGGUGGAGGCAUUGGAGAUGAGAUCGAGGAUCCUGCUGGAGAUGAAUACGAGCUUUAUCGAGUGGUCUUCGAUAUAACGUUCUUCUUCUUUGUCAUUGUCAUUCUGCUGGCCAUUAUUCAGGGUCUGAUCAUUGAUGCCUUUGGAGAACUCCGAGACCAACAAGAGCAGGUCAAGGAAGACAUGGAGACAAAAUGCUUCAUAUGUGGCAUUGGAAGUGACUACUUUGAUACAACACCACACGGGUUUGAGACCCACACUUUAGAUGAGCACAACCUGGCCAAUUACAUGUUCUUCUUAAUGUACCUUAUCAACAAAGAUGAGACAGAGCACACUGGGCAGGAGUCGUAUGUGUGGAAGAUGUACCAGGAGCGUUGCUGGGACUUCUUCCCUGCUGGAGACUGUUUUAGAAAGCAAUAUGAGGAUCAACUUUCUUAGCCAACAAGUACUUUACACAUACAGAGGGAAAAUGAAAACUAUUGAACUGCUACUUUUGUUCAUCAUUCCUGACAAAAUUUCACAACAAAUUGAUUUUGUCAUGAAAAAUGUUUUUCUUGAACUAUUAGCAACAUGAACAUUAAAAGAAACUUUGGUAACUUCCAAGCAAAGCAAUUUUCAUUGCAAAAACAUCAUCUUUAGCAGAUGGCAAGAAAUUGCAGUGUCCUUGAAGUGGCUGGCAAGAAACUGUCAGAAAAGAAAGAUACUUUUUAUAUGCAAAUGGUAUUCACGCCAAGUUUAGUCAUUUAUUUAAACAUAUGUCAAAUUGCUUAAAAAUGUUGCCUCAUUCACCAAUUUAGGGACAUUAUGGGUUUCCAUAAAUUAGUUUUCUUUUGUUGUCCAUUGAGAAGGAGAGGAUAAAACCACUGUUUAUGUGAGAAUGUAAUAAAAUGCCUAAGCAGUAACACAAGUUGCAUCAACAAGCACACGUAACAGAAUGUAGUUAGCUAGAAAGUUAGCUUUACACUUUGCCUUUCUGUUUUUAUAUGUAAUCAAUAGUUUUCUUCAAAUUCAUCAUAUAUUUCUUUUGUGAUUCUUAUGUCAGUUUCACUUUAGCAUAUUUAUGUCUCAGUGAGUGUUUUUCUCCUAUGUUUAGUUUUCUUCAGAUACUGUAGCAUAAAUAUAUAUUUGAAUUUAAAUUAUUUUAUUUAUUGUUUUUCAAGACAAU